AUGUUGUGUCUAAAUAGUCCUGGAUUUGGUGUUUUUCUCCCAUUUACUUUGUUUCUUGUUUGUUGUACUCAAUUCACAUUCCGAAUUGUGGAAACCAAAGUUGAACGAUGGAAUGAACGAGUAAAUCCGUAUGAAAGGAAUCGAAACAGUACAAAUCCUAAUGGAGUACGACAACUGCGAACCAAUUUGUGGUUCCGCGAUGGGAAUCAGUUUCGUUCCACCUAUGAUUAUCGCCACUAUGGGCCCCGUGCCGAUCGGAAUACGAACAGGGGCACUCCGUUGCAGGCAACGAUCUCCGGGAACCCCGCAUCGAAUGUGCAAAUGGAUGCGGGAAGUCGGGAUGCAGAGACUGAACGUGAGUAUGGUCGCGGUUCAUUGUUCUGGGCACCUCAAGGGCAUCCGCAAGAUGAUAAUCGGAAAAGAAGAUGGGAUUAUGUUCAGGAGUUACGCCUUCUGGACCCUCCCCGAUCCAUCCAGAUGAGUGUCAGAACAGAACCCCCUCAGCCGAUGAACUAUAUUCCAGCGGACACUUAUCCACAACGAAUGGUCUGGAACGAACAAGGUCAAUUUUGGGGAUAUGCCACACCGAAUCGAGAUUUAGUAAAUGAUCAGGCAUACGGUGCCGAACGCCUAAUGAUUCCGUAUGACUCUGAUCAAGCUCAGCUGGAAUCGGAUACGUGUAUUCCACCGUUUUGUAUCCCCAUUGAUUGCGGUGAUUCAGAUAGUGAUCGGAGAAAAUGUCGCCCUAAUCGAGUUACUCUGUCUUGCACGGGAUCAGAAUGUGAUCCACAAUGUCCUUCCUCCGUCAAAUGCGUGCAAAAUGAUGUCGCUUGUUUGCCGGGCACUUUCGGACCACAGUGUCGCGUACUGAAUGCCUCGAAAUGCUGGCAAGAUUACUCCAUUCAAUGUGCGUUCGGUUGUACCACACCAAACGACACGGAAGCCCCCCUACGGUGUGUAUUUGGAGGUGUUCCAGUGCCCAAAAGGUUGUAG